CCAACUGCGACUCACUGCAACCUCCGAUUCCGAGACCACGUCGCAUCCACAUCCAACUGGACCCGAGUCCUCCGCCAAACUCAUGUACUACGCCGUCGAUUACUACGCGGAUAUGGGACAAAUCUCUCAAGAUUGUUUCGCUGCCACGCAAACGGGAGCAUCUGACUUUGACAUGGACGAGCUCGAUGACCUGGAUCAGGUGACCCAAGUGAUUGGAUACCAUCCCCAGUUCCACGAUCACUUCCUGAGCACCCAGAACUUUAUAAUGAAGGGCGAUGGUCCGCUGCCGAACGAUUACAGAUACUACCUGGCCAUAAUUGCUGCUGCCCGCCAUCAGUGUCCGUAUCUGGUGAAGCGGUACGAGAAGGAGUUCAUCAACCAGGGAGGAGAUAGCGCCUGGCUGGGCGGCCUGGACUUUAUACCCGCCAAACUACGUGCCAUAUACGAUAUCAAUAAAAUAUUAGCCCAUCGUCCCUGGCUGCUGCGCAAGGAGCACAUCGAGCGGCUCACGAAGGGGAAGAACAGCUGGUCGCUGUCGGAGGUGGUGCACGCCAUGGUCCUGCUCUCGCACUUCCACUCGCUGUCGUCCUUUGUGUUUUCCUGCGGCCUCACACAAAAGCUGGACGGACUGUCCAGUCCCAAGCUGAAGAGUCCGCCCGCUGCAGUGGCCCCCACCAUCCUCAUCACGCCCACCUCGCCGACGGAUCUGCAGAAGGGCAAGCCCGUGCUGGCGGAGAUCUCGCUCAACAAUGCAAAUCCGGAUUACAAUAGCCAGACCGCAGCGAGCAGUAAUGGAGGAGCUCCAGCAGACUCCGCGUCUGCGGCUGCGGAUGGAUCCGAUGCAACGGCCCUUAAUGGAUAUUUGGCCACGGCGCAGCAACUGCCGCAGCAGCACGGCAUCAGUGUGGAGGCGCUGAUGGAGCGCAUGAAGGUCCUGUCCCAGAAGCAGGACGAGUGCAGCGAGGCGGAGCUGAGCAGCCGCUUCCAGAAGGUGGAGCAGCAAACGGCGGAGCUGGCGGCCGUGACUCCGCAGGCGACUGUGUCCGUGCCCACCAACCUGUCGCACUACGUGGACGAUGCCAACUUCAUUUACCAGGACUUUGCCCGCCGCGGCACCGAGAGCAUCAACACGUUUCGCAUCCAGGACUACUCCUGGGAGGAUCACGGCUACUCGCUGGUGGACGGGCUGUACAACGAUGUGGGCACCUUCUUGGACGCCAAGUUUCGGGCCGCCUACAAUCUCACGUACUGCACCAUGGGCGGCAUCAAGAAUGUGGACACGUCCAAGUUCCGGCGCGCCAUUUGGAACUACAUCCAGUGCAUCUACGGCAUUCGCCACGACGACUACGACUAUGGUGAGGUGAACCAGCUCCUCGUGCGCCCCUUGAAAAUGUUUAUAAAGACAGCCUGCUGCUUCCCCGAGCGAAUUACCACCAAGGAUUACGAUAGUGUGCUCGUCGAGCUGCAGGAUAGUGAAAAGGUUCAUGUGAAUCUGAUGAUAAUGGAAGCCCGCAAUCAGGCCGAGUUACUCUAUGCUCUGCGCGAGAUAAUGCGCUAUAUGACUUGAUCUCAUUAAGUGAAUAAACAUACGUAUAUAUACACGCCCAAAAACAACUCACCACCACACACAUACCCACACAUGCAUAAAACAUUUUGUUAUUUUGAGAGCGCAUCGGAAAUUCGCCGAAACGGAAACGGAAACGCAGACUGCAGGAUCCCAAAGGCGGAAAGAACCGCUAAAACACUGUUUUGAAAGACACACUUUGAAAGACACACUUUUUACAAAAAGAAAGAAGCAAAUGCUGAGCUGCAUGGACAGCAAUUAAUAGCCAUUCGAUAUCGGUGUCCAUUAAAUGAAUGUGAAUCGCUUACUACUCAAUUAACAAUAGUCUGUGUCUAUGGUUAGCCACACGCAAAUUAAUCACGUAUACAACCACAAUGCAAAGAUGGAAAAUAAUUCCCAAAUCGAGCUGAACUCAAAAGCAAAACUUUCUGUCUGUUUCCCUUUCGUGAAUGUGCAAGCAAUAAUCACUGUACAUAUGUAUUAUGUUUUGUUUAAUUAUUUUAGCGCAAUAAAUACAACUUUAUUUUAAUUAAA